AUGUCUGUUUACUCUGUAUUGAGUAUUGACAAACUGGAGAGUUCAGAUUUCAGAAAUACGACGACCUAGAGAGAGAAAGAGAGAGUGUUGAAGAUCCUCUUUCUCUCUCUCCGACUCCAAUCUGAAAAUAUGGCCACCGACGAGCCUUCACAAACGCGCUGGUCCUUUCAGGAUUUUAAGUUAUUUUAUGAUAUUAAGUUUGGGAGGAAGAAGUCUUCUGUGGCAAAAGAUGAGGCUGAAAAUCGUCAAACUCUCUCUAAUGGAAGUUCUCCAGUUGCGACUUCAAAUGGAAAUGGCUAUGUAAAGAAUACCACAGAUUUGUCCAUUUAUGAACAAUACAAUCAGGAACGGGGGAGCUCCACACACUCUAAUGGAGUUUCAUCUGCAAGAAUUGAUGAAAAGCCACAGAGAUCUCUGCUUCCUCCUUUUGAGUCUGCAGAAAUGCGUGCAUUAGGGGAAAGUUUGAGUAGGGAUAUUAUUCGUGGUAACCCAGAUGUUAAGUGGGAAAGCAUAAAAGGAUUGGAGAAUGCCAAACGUCUACUUAAAGAAGCUGUUGUCAUGCCAAUAAAAUAUCCAAAGUACUUUACUGGCCUUCUCUCACCAUGGAAAGGUAUUCUCCUUUUUGGACCUCCAGGAACAGGAAAGACCAUGCUUGCUAAGGCUGUAGCAACAGAAUGCAACACCACAUUUUUCAAUAUCUCAGCAUCAUCUGUGGUUAGCAAAUGGCGUGGUGAUUCAGAGAAAUUGAUCAAAGUGUUAUUCGAACUUGCGAGGCACCAUGCUCCUUCAACCAUAUUUCUUGAUGAAAUUGAUGCUAUCAUUAGCCAACGUGGUGAAGCACGAAGUGAGCAUGAAGCAAGCAGGCGCUUGAAAACAGAGUUGCUCAUACAGAUGGAUGGUUUGACGCGAAGUGAUGAACUUGUUUUUGUUUUGGCGGCAACUAACCUUCCUUGGGAGCUGGAUGCUGCUAUGCUUCGACGUCUUGAGAAACGGAUCCUUGUUCCCCUUCCGGAACCCGAGGCAAGGAAAGCCAUGUUUGAGGAAUUAUUGCCUUCAGCAUCUGAUGGGGAGCACCUUCCAUAUGAUUUAUUGGUGGAAAAGACGGAAGGCUAUUCGGGUUCUGAUAUCCGUUUACUCUGCAAAGAAGCAGCUAUGCAGCCAUUAAGACGGUUAAUGGCAUUUCUUGAAGAGAAACAAGAAAUGGUGCCUGAGGAUGAGUUGCCAAAGGUUGGACCAAUUACUGAAAGAGACAUUGAUGUGGCCUUGAGGAACACACGGCCAUCUGCGCAUCUCCAUGCCCAUCGUUACGACAAGUUUAAUGACGAUUAUGGCAGCCAAGUACUCCAGUGAAGGCACACACCUUGAUUACCUUACCUUAUUAUUAAUCGUUUUUUCUUAACAUAAUUAUUUAUGUUUGAGUGGUUUUCUUUGGACACUAACUUGCUAAGCAAGAAGUAUGUGACAUCUAGAGGUGCUUUUCUUUGCCAUUCCAACUUCCAAAAGUUAACACCACUGGAAUUUGUUUAAUCUACACUCCCCUCUUCCUGGAUUAUUAAUGUUUAGGGGUGCUGAUAAUUCCAUAUUGCGAAA